UAUUUCACAGAUCGGAGGCGGGUUUUGGUAUUUUCGUUCUCGUGUGUUUUGCGCAGGAGCCUGCAAGGAAUGAACAGCAUUGGAGAAUUUUCGCGGCCUUUGGAGUGGAGGACUUCACGCUGAAGUUGUGGCCUUCGUGGUUACAAAACUGUAGGCCAGUGAGGACUCAACAUACAUUGUACAUCCGAGUGGUGGCAUGCAGAAUAAUUGACAACGUGAAAAUAGUAACUACAUCCUGUCUGCCCUCAUGAGACUUUGACUGAUAAGUUGCCUCUCCAGACGAGAGAAUUCAAGAUCAGCCAUCCAAGUGUGUCGAAACGGUUAGCCAUCCAAUACAAUGGCGUAUUCCCUUUAUGGCAGUCUGAAUCGGGCCCAGCUCACCUUUGAGUACCUGCACACCAACUCUACAACCCAUGAGUUUCUGUUUGGGGCCUUGGCGGAGCUUGUCGACAACUCAAGGGAUGCAAAUGCAACAAGAAUUGAUAUAUACACAGAGAAGAGGCCCGAGUUGAGAGGAGGUUUUAUGCUUUGCUUCUUAGACGAUGGAACAGGAAUGGAGCCAGGCGAGGCCACUCAUGUCAUUCAGUUUGGGAAAUCCAGCAAGAGGUCUCCUGAGUCUACACACAUAGGCCAGUAUGGAAAUGGCCUGAAAUCGGGUUCUAUGCGCAUGGGAAAAGAUUUCAUUCUUUUCACCAAGAAGGAGGACAAACUUACCUGCCUCUUUCUGUCCCGCACCUUUCACGAGGAGGAGGGUUUAGAUGAGGUGAUUGUUCCUUUGCCAAGUUGGAAUGCCAAGACAAGGCAGCCGUUUACUCAAGAUCCAGAGAAGUUUGCAAUUGAAACAGAACUAAUCUACAAAUACUCGCCAUUUAAAACAGAAGAGCAACUCUUUAGUCAGUUCAAGAAAAUCGAGGGAAACAGUGGUACACUGGUUGUGAUUUAUAACUUAAAGUUAAUGGACACUGGCGAGACAGAGCUGGAUGUCCAGACAGACCAUCAGGAUAUAAUCAUGGCGGGUGUCCCUUCAGAGGGAGUGAAGCCUGAGCGCCGGUCUUUCCGGGCGUACGCUGCUGUCCUGUACAUCGACCCCAGGAUGAGGAUCUUCAUCCAGGGACACAAAGUCCGAACCAAGAGAUUGUCCUGCUGCCUCUAUAACCCUAGAGUGUAUAAAUACACAUCAACGCGUUUCAAGACCCGUGCAGAGCAGGAGGUUAAGAAGGCUGAUCAUUUGGCUAAGAUUGCUGAAGAGAAGGCAAGGGAGGCGGAGAGUAAAGCCCGGGCCUUGGAGACCAAGCUGGGGAACGACCUGUCCAGAGAGGCCCGAGCAACGUUACGCAAGGCCCAGGACGCGGCUGCGGGCAUUCGAGCCGACGCCGACUCGAAGCGCGCCAUCCACGCAUCCAAACAGAGAGCCUUGAAGGAACCCAAAGAGCUGAACUUCAUCUUUGGGGUGAACAUCGAGCGACGAGACCAGGACGGCAUGUUUGUAUAUAAUUGCAGUCGCCUCAUCAAAAUGUACGAAAAGGCGGGACCGCAGCUUGAAGGAGGCAUGCUUCAACCAGUGCUGCUGGCAGCUGGACCAGAAAGGGACAGAGAGAGGGCGUGUGGUGGUGUAGUAGGUGUCGUGGACGUGCCCUAUCUAGUCUUGGAGCCGACCCACAACAAGCAAGACUUCGCCGAUGCAAAGGAGUACAGGCAGCUCUUGAGGGCCAUGGGCGAGCAUCUCGCUCAGUACUGGAAGGACAUUUCUAUAGCUCAGAAAGGCAUUGUGAAGUUCUGGGACGAGUUUGGCUACCUCUCGGCCAACUGGAGCGCACCGCCAGCCACAGAAAUGCGCUACAGACGACGCAGAGCCAUGGAGAUCCCAGUCACCAUCCAGUGUGAUAAGUGUCUGAAGUGGCGGACGCUGCCGUUCCAGAUGGACGCUGUGGACAAGAGGUACCCCGACAGCUGGGUGUGCCUCAUGAACCCUGAUGGCACGCAAGACAGGUGCGACGCUCCUGAGCAGAAGCAGAAUCUGCCGGUCGGUAUUCUGAGGCGGGACGUGAAGAGCACUGAGGAGAAACAGAAGGAGCUGUCUGAAAAGAUCCGACAGCAGCAGGAGAAACUGGAGUCUUUACAGAAAACCUCAUCAGUUAAGUCUUCAGCUGAUGUGAGACAGCUCCCUCUAGAGGUCAGCAUGAAGCCUGCAGAAGAGCGCAAUGCACAGGGAACCCGUUCGUCUCAGCGCUCCACUGCUGCUCGCCCUCGCUCUCCGCCCCUUCCCUCCGUGGUCCAGAGAGCUGCCGCCGCCGCCAAGCCGUCCCCAUCGCCGCGGCCCACACGGGCACCCGCUCCACCCCCGGCCACCAGAGCCAAGCCUCCACCGCCACCUCCAUCACCAGCCAAGUCCUCCCCCAGGGCCGCCGCGAGGGCUCCACCCAAACCCGUGGCCCCCACCCCCAGUCCGUCCUCCAGAGCGGCCUCUCGGAGGACCACACGGGUACCGGCGUCAUCAUCAGCUAAGUCCCCCAGCAGAACCCCAGUUAGAACAGCACCAAAACGAGGCGCCGCACAAAAGAGCCGAGUAAAGCAAGAAGAAGAAGAAGAAAAAGAGGAGGAAGAGGAGGAGGAGGAAGAAGAAGAUGAUGAGGAGGAGGAGGAAGAGGAGGAAGAAGAAGAGGAGGAGGAGGAAGAAGAGGAAGAGCCGGUCCCCAAGAAAACCAAAAUGGCUGCUCCAGCACAAAGAGGAACCAAAGCUGUGGAGAACAAGAAAAUACAGAGCAAACAAGGGAGCAGUGAAAUGGAGGUCAACAGCAGCCUUGCCGAUGAGGGUGUGAAAACAAGUGUAAAAGAUGCUCAGAAAGAUAAAGGCAUGCUGGUUGAAGCCAAGGUGAAUGGGCAGUGGUUCACUGGCCGUGUGGCAGCUGUCGAGACCGGGAAAGACAGCGUCCGCUGGAAGGUGAAGUUUGACUAUGUGCCCAUGAGCACGCCAAAAGACCGAUGGGUAUUUAAAGGAGGUGAUGACGUGCGCCUCAUGCGACCCGCUUCACCGGAAUCUCGAAGUCCCGACACCAAUCAGGGUCCUGUGCGCUCGGAGACUCCUCCCACCGCCGCCGAGCCCGACACCACCCAGAGCGGACCCAGCAAGGAGACCACCGAGGGCCUGGUCAGCAUGAUGAGGACGCUGCUUCGGUAUUUUUUCCCUCCUGAUUUCCGAAUUCCGAAGGAUUCACUGAACAACAUGACGGCAGAAGACCUUGUGGCGUUCCCCAUUAAAGAGUAUUUCCAGCAGUAUGAGGCGGGCCUGCAGAGCCUGUGUAACUCAUACCAGAGCCGUGCGGAGUCGCGGGCCAAGGCCAUCGAGGAGAAGAGCAGCGGCGCGGAGGCCAGGCUGGCCGAAACCGAGGACAAGCUCCGCAAGCUGCGCACCAACAUCGUGGCCCUGCUGCAGAAGGUCCAGGAGGACAUUGAAAUCAGCAGCGAUGAUGAGUUGGAUGCGUACAUCGAGGAUCUGGUCACCAAGGGGGAGUGAGGACCUCACUGUUGACCUGCCCCAUUUUCCGCAUUCCGUUCGCCACUUUUAUACGACCCAUUGGUUCUGAGAUUGUUUUUGUUUUUUGUUUUGUCCCCGGUUGAGGAUGGUGAGUGUGGCAGGAACGCAGUUUUUUUUUUUUUUUUUUCUUUUAGCGAAACGUUUCACUUUUCUUGGAUCUUUUAAAAUUCUUCUACUGGGCCCUGAUGCAAGAGACUCUGUAACUCUGUCCAAAAGAUUUAUUUCCUCUUCAUUUCAAUGCUGUUAUGGCACAUACAGUAUGACUGUUCUCUGAGUCUGUUUUAUAUUUUUACGGUUUGUUUUAAACAUGUAUCAUAUGGCUGAAAUGGGACACACAAUAAAUCCUUUAAAACACAUGAA